CCGCAUGCCUGCCAGCCUGCCUGCCUGCUUGCUGAUGUCGUCAAAAAUUUUGGUCGGCUCUGAUUGACGGCCACCACCACCAACCAGCGCACCCAGAAGCUGCACCAGCUGCCUGCAUUAUUCUCGCCCACCCACCCUUUCCUUCGGCGGGCGCGCAACUCUUCUCAGCAGACAUCACCACCUCAGCCGCCCACCACAUCAACCACGCCAGGGUUUUUUUUGUCCCUUCGCGUCGCGAAAACAGAAAGAUCUCCCCCCGUCCAUCUCCGUCGCUGCGACACUGCUCAUCCGCCGUCCGAGCUACAGCUCCGCCUCCCCCCCUCAAGACUGUCACAAUGGUUCAGACAUCGACCGUCGUAACGGCAUCAGUCGCAACCGCCGCGGCCGCCGUUGUCGCCUACGUCGCCUGGUUCGACUACCGCCGCCGCUCGCAAGCCGACUUCCGCCGCAACCUGAGGAGAAACGAGCGCCGCCAGGCCCGCGCCGAGAAGGAGGAGGCCGAGGCCUCGACGCGGCGUCAGCGCGACGCCAUCAAGAUCAAGGUCGACGAGGCCAAGGAAGAGGGAUUCCCUGCUGGUGUCGAGGAACGCGAGGCCUACUUUAACGAACAGGUCAUGUCGGGAGAGAUGCUCAGCUCAGACCCUUCCAAGGCGGUUGAAUCGGCUCUUGCCUUUUACAAGGGUCUCAAGGUGUACCCGGCCCCCGGCGACCUCAUCAAGAUUUAUGACAGCACCGUGCCCAAGCCUAUAUUAGACAUUCUGGCCGAGAUGAUCGCAUACGACUCCAGCCUAGAUAUCCGUGCCCGCCCCGCCGGCGGCAUCAACCUGGGCGACAUCCCCAACGUCGGCCUCGACUAAAGCAUCAACUACUGACGCAUCCCGGGACCACUUGCAAUCCGCACAUCCUGCGGGCAGCGAAUCCCCGAUACUCAACUCGACAGGAAACCCCCCUCCACACUUGACAAGUACACCACGGAGGGGGCGCUCCAAUCCAUCUCAGGGGUCGGACUGACCGGUCCCCCCCUAUAGUGUACCAUAUUGUCGCUCUUCAAGCUUUCGAAUAGAGCUUUGUGUAAACAGUACCACGGUGGGAAAUGAUACCACACAGGGUGGGCUUGGGAAAGGCAAUAAUGGCAGCGUUUCCGCAAAAACAAAAUUCACCAUCCAUGAUUCAUUA